ACGUCCGUGACGUAGUAUCUAUAGGGCGCCGUACUGCUGGCGGCGAGUUUAAAGAGUCCCAGUCGGAGGCUUGCAGGGUAAACAGGCAGCGUAUUGACGUCCACUCCUCUGCAGUAUACAUAUUUCAUGUCUAGUGGAAGAGAUGCCCAGAGACAGCAUGCCACUGCAGGAACUGCCCUGCCUGAGUCUGGUUCAGGGCUCCAUGUUGUCUCAGCCCAAGAGGAUCAACAAACGCAAGUCCAGAGGCUGUCUCAGCGAGGGCCUGGACACUGAAUGCACCCCGACAGAGCUCAUCCAGCAGUGGUCACCGAGCCACAAGCACCAGCGGCUCAUCAGCAAGGGGAAGGAGAAUGACGGGGAACAGUUUGUCCUCGCCAGGAGAUCGAGGAGGAAAAAAGAGCCCACAUCAGGCAUUUCAUGGGAUCAGCUACCUGACGAGCUGCUCCUCAGGAUUCUCUUCUACCUCCCCCUGCAGGACCUCCUCAGGAUGUCCGUAGUUUGCAAGCGCUGGCAUCGCUUGGGGUUUGAUGAGUCUCUGUGGCGCAGUGUGGAUCUGGAGGGGCUGACCCACAUGGGUCCAGCUCUGCAGCAGGUGCUGAAGACCAGAGUCCGCAGGCUGCGCUGCCCACGCUCCUUCGUGGAAGAGCUGCAUUUCAUUGGCGAAGGCCCACUGCAUAUAGUUGAGAUGGAUCUGUCCAGCUCCAUCAUCCCCACCUCGGCUCUGGAGAGCAUCAUCUGUCGCUGCAGGCUGCUGGAGUAUCUGAGCCUGGAGGGUCUGCAGCUCUCAGACACUAUCAUCAACUCUCUGUCCAAGAACACAAAUCUGCUGCAGCUCAACCUGAGCGGCUGCUCUGGUUUCUCUGCUCCCGCUCUGGCCGAGAUGCUCCAGUCCUGCUCCAGGAUAGAGCAGCUGAACGUAUCAUGGUGCGACUUCAACAAUAAUCAUGUAAAGAGUGUUGUUGAGAAUCUGAGCUGCAGCGUUGCUCACCUCAACCUCAGCGGUUACAGAGAGAGCCUCACGCUUGACGAUGUGAAGGAGCUGGUGACGAGAUGCCCCCUUAUUAAAACUCUAGAUUUAAGUGACAGCACCCUGCUGAUGGCCGACAGCUUCCCCGUCCUCAAACAGCUCAAGUAUCUGCUGCACCUGUCCCUAAGCCGCUGCUACCACAUUCACCUCGCUGCCCUCACUGACCUGGGUAACACGUUCCCCACGCUGUGCCUGCUGGACGUGUUUGGCGUCGUACAGAACAGCCACCUGCCCUCUCUGAAGAAGGAGAUUCCUCACGUCUCCAUCAACUCCAGGCCGUUCUCCAGCAUCGCCCGGCCCACGCCCGCCAGCAGGCUCACCGGCUCCCUCAGCGACCGCACCAUGUGGAACAGGAGGUGUCGACUGAGGUUCAAACUGUAACUGCCGCGCCUCCCUCUCGUGUUUUUAAGCUAAGUUAGUUUCUGUCGCCCAGUGUUUGAUCCUGCAGUAUUCCAACACGUACAGGGAGUCAGGCCCAUUGUGCAGUGAUGGAGCCACGUUUCAGAGUUUGUUGCUGCUACAGAAGAUGCUUUUAGUGUAGGCUGACAUUGACGGUGCUAAAGGUCACAUACUGGACCAAGCCUUUAAAGUAGCAACCUCCAAGAUUUUCAUUUUAAUGUCCGUUAAAUCACUAUCUCUGAAUGAGGUAACACAAUGGUGAUAUAUUUGCAGUAUUUCAAACUGGUGUCUGUGGCGAUGUCCCCGGAAAAAAAUGUAUGCACACAGAAAAUGGAACUAAGCACACGAUUGACCCUUUUUAUGGGUCAUGGCAUUUUAGGCUGCAACAAUUGAUUGUUAGAAUCCGUAAACAGCCUGUAAAGUCCUGGAGGGACUGAGAUAUGCUAUGUGCUCAGCUAUGUUGGAAAGACAACCAAAUUUUAAAGAUGUUUAAAAUAUAAAGUUUCAUACAUAUAUAUUCACAUCUGAGCUAAUGUUAACACAACUUUUGAUUAGCUAGCUAAUUCAGAUUCAUAGUUUGCUAGCGUAUUGCUAGCAUUAGCUAUCAGAUGUGACUAGGUAACUAACGAUUAAUGGAGAUUGGCUAGUGUUUUGCUCUGUAGCUACGUUGCUAACGAUUAAUUUAGGUUAACUUUAUGUGACUGUUGCUUUUAUCUUUCAACCAUCUUCAAAAUGUGUCUUUUCAACAUAGAUUAGCCUAGCCUUGCUUAACUGUUAUUAGGGCAAAGGGAAGAAAGGGGCAGAAUUUAGGAAGGGUCCAUUCUGAAAACUCCAGGCUGCUAAUUUUCAAGCAUAAUUCCCCUUUUUUUUUUUUUACUCAUAGAAAUUCUAAAGCACGUUUUUGCAAAGGUCUAAAGACUUUGGAACGUCGUCACUGACUGCAAAUGUAUAAAUAUUUUAAUACUUCACUCAGUUUAAUUGAAAAUCUUCCAGGUGCCACUUCAAGUACUGAACAUGCUAGCUGGUAAUGUAGAAAUGUAUUGCUUUAUUUAGGAACGUCCCAUUUGGAUGUUGAAUCCAGUUCUUUUUGGAAUGUUGGAAUGUGUUAACACAAACUUUAUGUGGAUUUUUGAAUCUGUUUUAGGUUCUAAUAAUGUGUUAAUUUAAAAUACUUUGUAUGGGAAAGAUGGUUUAAAAGGCUCGACUGAAAUGUUUAUGAAUAUUUGUGACAAUUGAUUCCUUUGACAUUUUAACAAUACUGAUGGCAGAAAUGUGCUGUAAUAAUGAGAACAGCUGAUUUUAAUCCGUGAAGAGGUUUUAAUGUGAAAGGAUGUAUCUGGAUCUUGAAUCGGAAUAGCUGUGGGCGUUUCCUGUUGCUGAACACACUACGUUUAUUAGCAGGUUAUAAUUCCUGUACAUGAGACGUCUCUCCAGGCGCUUUUACGAUGAGCUCAUUAUGUGUACGUGUGCUGUAUGCUUGGUGCUCUGUUAAACGUUUCAAUCAAAUGUCAUGCAGACUGAACUCUAAUGGAACAUGAGUUUUAACUUGUAGAUUGUUCACUGUCCCUCCUGAGUCUGAAAGUAAACCACUGAAUACACAAA